GUUGAGUUGUAUAGAUCAAUAAAAAUUGAUCAUUUGCUUGGAUUCAAUAAUCAAUUUAAAAAUCGGUUCAAUAACAGAUUUUCUAUUGAGCUGUCAAUAUUAAAAAGUAUGGAUUUUUUGACCCUCGAUGCGGAAAGGGCAAGGAACUAUAUUUUGUGGAUAGAUUUUUGAAUUGUUUUUUUAUCAAGGCAAAAUUUAAGGAUGACUGGAUAGGCCUACCCUAAUUUGAUAUAGUAUUAUGGCUGGCUUCUACCGACAACAUUCCAUAAAUCAUGCUGUAAUAGUGUCUUGUUACAGUAAAAAAGAUCGAGUACAGCUUUUAAAAAAUGUUAUUUCAAGUCAAAAUCAAAUGGCUUUAACAUCCAACAUUCAAAAACUACCUGAACAUGUUAAUCUUUUGAAAAUCAGACACGGAAGGCUUGGAAUUGUGCUUGAUGGUGACUGCGAAAAAUCCAAAGAAAUACUUUCAUUUUGCGGUAAUAAUAAAUUUUUCGACUUAAAAUACUAUUGGCUGAUAUUCACCGACAAAAAUAUCGCAAAUCUCUUCUCACAAGUUGACCACAAUGUAGAUUCAAAUAUAUUUGUUCUCAAAAAUAAUAAUCCUCUGUUAGAAAAUCAACACGAUAUUUUUGAGUUUUACAAUCCUGCCUCUUUAAAGGGUGGGAAUCCUGUUAUUGAAAAAAUUGGAUUUUUUAACAGUUCAAACGGUUAUCAGGUCAAUGGUCUGGAUAAUAAAUUUUUUCGACGUAAAGAUUUGAGAGGGGUGACAUUCAAAACUACACUUGUGCUUCAUGAGCCUUAUCCAGGAACUCCCGAACAAUAUUUGGAAAGUACUGAUCUUAAGCAAUACAACACCUAUAGUCGAUAUCAUGCUAAAUUGAUAAAAUAUUGUCAGGAACAUUAUCAGUUUAGCAUGACGAUUGUUAAUGUGACUAAUCUUUUUGGUUACCGAAAGCCAGAUGGCUCAAUGGACGGACUAGCAGGAGAUUUGGAAAGAAAUAUUGUGGAUUUUGGUAUAGUUCCUCUUGCUGUACGUAAAGAUCGUGCUAAUUAUACAUCAGAUAAUGUUUCGCUGAAACUAUACAAAACUGCAAUUCGGGGUAAAGAAAAGCAAGUUUAUUUGAACACUAUCAAAGGCUUGGAGCAAGUGAAAUUCGGACACUAUGCUUUUUUGGUUGAAUUAGCUAAGGCUUAUCCUUUUAUGAAAGAGCAUCUUCAAGAACAGCUUUGUCAGAUUAAAGAAAUCAGGUUGUUCCAGAAUACUAGAUGUUAUGCUAAUUAUGUUAAGCAUUCACCGUUUAGAGACUUAUUCGAUGUAUGUUUACAUCGUAUAGCUGAGAGUGGCGUUAUGGAAAAGGAAAUAACUUUUUGGCACACAAACAAACCGAAUUGCAAUCACAAUUAUGAUGUUAGCACAGGAAUUGAAGAAACUUACGUUUUAAUAUGCAGUAAUAAUAAAUUUUUCGACUUAAAAUACUAUUGGCUGAUAUUCACCGACAAAAAUAUCCCAAAUCUAUUCUCCCAAGUUGACCACAAUGUAGAUUCAAAUAUAUUUGUUCUCAAAAAUAAUCCUCUGUUAGAAAAUCAACACGAUAUUUUUGAGUUUUUCAAUCCUGCCUCAUUGAAGGGUGGGAAUCCUGUUAUUGAAAAAAUUGGAUUUUUUAACAGUUCAAACGGUUAUCAGGUCGAUGGUUUGGAUAAUAAAUUUUUUCGACGUAAAGAUUUGAGAGGGGUGACAUUCAAAACUACACUUGUGUUUCAUGAGCCUUAUCCAGGAACUCCCGAACAAUAUUUGGAAAGUACUGAUCUUAAGCAAUACAACACCUAUAGUCGAUAUCAUGCUAAAUUGAUGAGAUAUUGUCAGGAACAUUAUCAGUUUAGGUUUGUAGCUAUCAAUUGA